AUGCAGUAUCGCCUCAUUUUCGCAGCUCUGGCUGCCACAGUCUCCCUCGUUCUUGCUCAGAACGCGCCAGACUGCAAUGCCUUCGACAAAACCUGUCCGUCUAACAAGGGAAAUACCAAAGGCCAUAUCAACUACGACUUGACACAGACUUCCGCUUUGAAUGAUUGGACAACAGCUGGUGGAGCAAUAGUCACCGGCCCUGAUGGUGCGGAGUUCACGAUCCACAAGCAAGGUGAUACCCCGACAAUCAUAACCGACUACUACAUCUUCUACGGGGAGAUAUCUGUUGAGAUGAAAGGAUCCCCUGGUACCGGCAUUGUCAGCUCCGUUUACAUGUUGUCAGACAACAAUGAUGAGAUUGACUGGGUGAGCUCUAACUUGCAAUGCAUCUCUCAGGAAACAUAUAUGCUGAUAGAUAUACAGGAAGCACUGGGUGGUUCUACCGACAAACUCCAGACAGAUUACUUCGGCAAAGGUGACACUAGUGAAGAUUACAAUCGAUGGACCUGGCAGCCGGUGACGACCCCUCAAGAAGUGUUCCAUAAAUACACCUGGAUUUGGUCUAAGGAGAAACUGACAUGGGCGAUUGAUGGCACCGUUGUUCAGACAGUCAACUAUGCUGAUGCGAAAGGGGGCACUCGCUUCCCACAGACACCGAUGCGUGUGAGAAUUGGUAUCUGGGCAGGAGGUGACCCGAGCAAAAUCAAGGGCACUAUCGACUGGGCUGGCGGCGAGACUGAUUACUCCAAGGCACCGUUCACGAUGUAUGUCAAGUCGGUUGAGAUCGUCAAUCACACCCCCGCGGAGAACUAUGUCUAUUCCGACAAAUCUGGCUCUUCGGACAGUAUUGAGAUACAUGGUGGCGUCUCCUCGGGCGAGAUUUCGAGUUCGACCAGUUCUGAUACUUCAACUGCUUCCGAUAUUGCCUCUUUGACUUCGUCUUCUACGGGGUUAUCUACUGCGACCUCAUCCCUCGCGUCGAGUUCGGCUAAGUCAGGAACUGAAACCACUACUGACCUUGUCACAUCCACUUCGUAUCUUACGGCCUUGUCCUCUUCGAUCUUGUCCUCGGCAUUUUCGAGCUCUACCGGUAAUUCUUCCAAUCCCGCUGGCACCCUCCCCACAGUCUCAUCCGCUGAGCCCAAAAGCACUGGUUUGAGUUCCAAUUCGACCUCAGCAGCGAGCACCGUCACCGCAGCUAGCUCGACUUCCAAGUCAAGUACUGGUGCUGCUAUCUCACCCACGAGUUCCUUCAAUUCUGCUUGUGCCCUGGGUUCGGGUUAUCUUGCCCUUCUGACACUUAUCCUAGGACUUAUCCUGGUGUAG